AAAAGUUGAGGGACUAAAAAGAAAAGAAAUUAGGAUAAGGAUCAAGGCUGAUAUUUCUCUCCUCAGCCACAUGUUUUGCUCAUCCUUAUCUUCUUCUUCUCCCCGAUGCUCUGCCCCCCGACCCUCUGCACCCGACGAGCUCCCCCCGUUACCGCCACCCAUUUUCCGGCCGGAAAUCCGGCAAAGCUUGGGGAUUUUCUCCUUCUUCUCUUGUUCUUGAACCCAGAAAUUUUCCCCUUGCUGGAAAUCCCGGAUCUGCUCUGCUUCUUCCUCCCUUGUCCGUCGGGUUCUGCUGGGUUUGAAUCCUUCGGCCUUUUCUGCCGUGAGUUUCCCCUGAAUUUUCUGUACAUGCCGCCGGCCUCCACCCCAAACCCGCCAGCUCCAGCCUUGCUUGCUGAAAAUUUCUGGUUUUGAUCGUUCUGUCACCGUAGCGCUUGGGUUAGCCUUCUGUUCUGUGCGAGUGAGGAAACGAAACUGAGGACGGGGAAACCGAGGGGAGUGACGAGUUAGAAGGCUAGCCAUUCAAUUGGGGUAUAAGUUUUAGAUUUUAUCAUCCUUUUGUAAGGUUGAUUUUAUUCAUGAGAUUUUGUGAUUUGGAUAAGUUCCGAGCCUUGUGCACUUGUGGGACCCGUCUUACGAGUGCACGGCGUCUGUCACGUCCUCGGAUUUGGGUUCUGGGGCGUGACAAUAACCUCCCCCACUAGCAGGGUCACUAAUAACAUAUCGACAUGUGCCGACAUGUGCUAGCGCUUAUAAACUCCCCCACUAGCA